AUGCAGUUCUCUCACGCUCUGAUUGCCCUCGUUGCCGCUGGCCUGGCCAAUGCCCAGCUGCCUAAUGUGCCUAGCUGCUCGCUCAACUGCUUCGUGUCUGCUCUGACCACCGAUGGCUGCUCGUCCCUGACCGACUUCGCUUGCCACUGCCAGAAGCCCAGCCUCGUCAGCACGGUGACUCCCUGCGUCAAGAAGGCCUGCGACCUGUCUGACCAGAUCGCCGUCUCCAACGCUGUGGUCUCUGAGUGCUCUGCCGCUGGCCACCCCAUCUCCGUGCCUCCCGUGGAGACCACCACCUCCGCCACAACUACCACUACCAGCUCGUCCAGCUCGGAGACCAGCUCGUCCAGCUCGUCCGGCUCGUCCAGCUCGUCCGGCUAUUCCACCACGUCCGGCAGCACUGGCCCGACUACCACCACCAGCCCGACUGGCAGCGCUCCCGCUAGCUCGUCCGGUCAGGCCAGCUCGACCCCGCUGACUCCCACCACCACCAGCGGCUCCGGCUCCGGUGGCAGCCCUGGCUCCAGCGCUUCUUCCACCCCCGGCUACAACGCCGCUAACAACCUCCAGGGUGGUAUGGCCGGUGUUGUUGCUGCUGCGGCCGCUGUUGCGUACAUCCUGUAA